AUGCACUUCCGCCAUGCCCUGAUCACUUUGAGUCGCCUGAGCAGACGCUCCAUCCAUUCAACUACCAAGUGCCCUUCGUUUAGUGAUCCCUUGUCGACGCUCGUCAACCAUGCCACACCCGCUAUACCAUCAACCCCGGACGAUACUCCGCCGUUGAAGAGACGCUCCCGAAACAAAAAGGCCGAUUCCAUUCUCGACCAUUCAAAGUCAUCCAUAUCUCCUGUAGACUCUGACACAGCGUCGCCGAAGAGACGUGGCCGCCCGAGAAAGGUCGUCGACACCCCCGAUGACACGUCCGAGGAGACCACCUUAGCACCACUGAAGAAACGCACUCGCAAACCCAAGACGCCAAACGAAGACCAUCUUGCGAUCACACAUGGCAGUUCGCACCACACUUCCCUGUCCGAGUUCCUCAGCUAUGCCGACACUGCAAACCUCUCACCCACAAGCACAGUCUACCGCGGCACCCACUACGAAUAUACUGUCGCAGACGCCCUUGAGCACCUGGCCUUCUCUUUGACCCGCGUUGGCCGUGCUAGCGACCUCGGUAUCGACUUGCUCGGCACUUGGUCGAUACCCUCUCGUUCAAAGCCUAUAAAUGUCCUGAUACAAUGUAAAGCCGAGGCACCAAAACCGAGUAUGAUCAGGGAACUCGAGGGUGCUGUCGUCGGUGCCCCCGUACGCUACAGAGGAGAAGGCACCAUAGCUGUGCUGGCUGCCGCCAAAGAGGCUACAAAGGGUGUAAGGGAUGCUGUCGUGAGGAGUCGCUUACCCAUGGCUUACCUGAAUAUCACGACCGAGGGCAGGAUCAGGCAAUUUGUGUGGAAUUACGCUGCUGUCGAAUGUGGCCUCGAGGGUGUCGGUGUGUCUUUGAGAUACUUGGCCAAUGGUGAGUCUGAGGCUACCUUGACUUGGAAGGGAAUGCCUUGCUCAAAAUCUUCGCCAAAACCACGCCGCGUUGAAUGA